AUGGGGAAAAACACAUCAUACGAAAAUGGGUUCCUAAUAUUUGAAGAUUACAACUUUGUUAUCUACACAAAAAGGCGCGGAAGGAGAGUCGACUGGCACGAAAAAAAGAAGAAUUUGCACAAUUUCAAUGUUACCGCGUAUUUUUAUAAGCCCUUCCAAAAUUGCAACCUCAGCCUAGUUAAUAACAGCGCAAACGUAAGACGAGCCACAGAGAAUAAGCUUUUCAAAAGGUUUCAGCUAAGCAUAAAAUGGCUAAUUAAUUUUAUUAUUAAAAUAAAAAGGAGAGUUAAAAAUAUCUACCUAUUUGUCAAAUUUAUUAGCUCGAAAUGUAUACUUAAACUGUCCACCUUUUACUAUUUAAAGUAUAUUGUGGAAAAGAUUUACGAUGAGACGUUAGAAUCAUGCGUUCGUGUAGUUUUACCCGUGUCAGAUUUACACAAGCUCUACACCUUUGUUUAUCACCAGAACUUUUGCUUUAUGAAUUAUUAUGAGCAGUUCCUGUCCAGGAAAGAUGCGCGACGAUUGAGACGGUUCUACUGUCCCGUCGUCGUGAUGAACGGUCCCAAUAGGGCCUUAACCCUCCCCUAUGAAAGGAUGUACGGUCAGGACGUUGUAAAAAUGGCCACACGGAGGGGGAAAAAUCCGUCAGUGGCCGAAACACACCCCAAUGCAAAAAAAACCCAGCGCAAAAGUGCCACUAGAACAAAAAUGCACAGGAGAAAAAAUAUAAAAAUAGAAAAGGACAAAAUAAAAAGGGCCAUAGGAAAAAACUUGCACACAAGCGAUAUAGGCCUCUUCGCAGGAACCUUCGACAAGAUACAUUUUGGACAUAUACUGCUACUUUUUUACUCCAUAUUUCUAACAAAGAAAUUUUACUAUGUCGGAUUAUACAAUAAUAAAAAUAUUCAUAACAAAAAAUAUGCACAAGAAAUUGACGACUUAAAGUUCAGGAUUUACAACAUAUCGGACAUCCUCUUUUUAAUAAAAAAUGUCUACCACGUUGAUUUUGCCUUUCUCAACUUUGAGCACGUUAUGCCAUUUAUAAAGAUAAAAAAUUCUCAUAAAAUUUUGUUUCAAAUUAUGAUGAAUCAGAAAAAUGAGUUAUUGGGGAGGCAUCAUCCAGGGGGGUACAAACAAUGUGAAGCGUCUACGCCUCAUGCAAUUGAAGCCACGCCUGUGAACACAUGCAUGACAAAAAGGAGAGACAUAAAAAAGUACCUCUCCCGUGAGAGCACCAAAAAAAAAGGCGCAACACAGUGUAGUAAAAAAAUGGAUGAACGGGUAGAUCAUUUCGAUACAUAUGAAAUGAAAAAGAAAAUUGAAAAAUAUUUACUUUUUCACAUUGGCAUAGUGAAAGGAAAGAGAUGCAAAAAGAAGGACAACAAAAUUAUCGUGUUGAAGAGAAUACAUGACCCCUUUUCGUUCGCAGUAGAUAUUAAAGAUUUGUACUGCUUAACAAUGUCCAAGGAAUCUGAGGCCAACGGGUAUAUUUUGGUAAACAAAAGACAAUUAAAAAAGGGAAAGGAAAGUACACAUUCAAAUAAGAAUUCAAGAGGGGGAAUAAUCCCCGACCAGCAAUGUGAAAACUGCAAAUGUAUCAACGUAGUACCAAGCGGGGUGAAUACACUUUUGGAAAACCCAAGAACAACUUUGAACAUUUUUGAUACAAUCAAUUUAGGGGAUGGAGGAAAAAUCAGCUCGACAUUAGUCAGGGAGGAGAAUACAUUUUUAAAAAAAAAAAAAUUUGCAAAAUAUUUAAGACAUUUCGUAGACGCUUGCUUAUUCUUCCACAUUGACCACUUCCUCAUACAAAUGUACGUAGAUAUUUUUUUGCACAAAAAUGGAAAGACCCCUUUUAAGAAGCUCUACAUAAAUAAGGUGAAAAAUUACUUUUGUAAAGAAGAAAGGAAAAAAUCGGAGACACAACGGUGUUGCGAAAAGAGCGGACCCCCAAAGGGCAAAAAAAAAGAUCAUUUUAUUGUAAACGAUUUUUUCAGAAACUUAUUCGUCCUGUUGUCUUUUUUCGUCAAUCAUUUUGCCGAUCUGGAAAAUCGUUCUCAUAAUAAAAUACAACUCUUUGUGAAAAUCUCCAUUGCACUCUCUUUCUUUUUUUACAACAAUAUGAUUCUACUCUUAGUAAAAAAGAAGGAGGUGUUAAUAAACCAAAACUUCCAAACCAACCACAAGAAUGUAGAACAGAGAGUAAACAUGUUCCACCCGUGUGAUGACAACGCAUUGCGAAUUUACCUGCACAGGGUGGAGGAGUCCCUGCUGGAGAAAGUACUCAACCAGGUUCUCAUUUGGACCCUUUCAAUGAUAUCCCUCUCCGUGUUGUGCAAGCUGUAUCACUCAGAAAUUCUGCCUAAGGUGAAGACGGGGAAGUCAGCACGUGCGCGGAAGUCUAUCCAGUUAGGCAACGGAACGCAGAAAAUGCUGAGCCAGAAGGAGUCAGCCCGUGGUGAUUCUUCACUACGCACAGUGAACUACGCUGCAUACUUUUACAACUAUUCGAAGGACAGGGGGGUGCACAAACGGGGCCCCAUAGUCACGUCCUACACCCUCUUUAACCACGCCAUAACGAGGAGGUUCAAAAUGAGGAACCCCCUCCUGCGUCACCACCGUGAUAUUGCACAAGCCGUAGGUUCCUGCGGCAUGGCACCGGGGGGAGAAGCGAUCUCGUAUAGUGACAUACCAGCAGUCAACAGUGUGCCUCCUGUGUGUGGUUCACUCUACACGGAUGAGUCGCACUGCACGCAAAAGUCACAUAGCGAGGCCAACGGCACGAAGAUGCGGGCGAGUAUUUUCAAGCCGCAGGGAGAUACCCACGUGGAGGCGCAACAAGACGAAGUUUACCAUAUGCCGUCAUUAAAAAGAGAAAGAACAAUAUUGAACAAUUUGUAUAAAAUUAAAAUUAGGAGUGAAGAAAAGGUCCCCAUUUGGAGAAGCAAAAUGUGUUAUAAAGAGAUAGAGAAUUACGUAAGAGGAAAAAACAUAGAUGCGAAGAGCUACCACAAUGAAAGGUACACAUCGUUAAUGCAGAUAAAUAUAAAUAAGGGAGAUGAAAAUUUCCCUUUCCGAAAAGUGCUGAUAUAUAAAUAUCUAGACAGCUACUUUAUUUCCUUUUUCUCCUUCUACAUCAUAAAGCACUUGGGCAUAAACCAAUGUGUAAAAGGUACCCACACAGAAUAUAAAAAAAUUGAUCAUUUGUUAUUCCUCCUUUUGGUGCACUUUGAGAAGCACAUUGAAAUGUUCGUAAAUAGUUUUCUUAAAAGGACGUGGGAAUUAAAACCAAAAAGAAGGGAAGGUCCCUUUGACCCAUACGUCCUCUACCAGAAAAGGUAUUCGCUUAUUCACAGAUACUUAAUUAUGAAAUUAUCACCAGAGAAUAACUACUACUUAGAUUUUGAACGCAAGUACGAUUUUAAAAAGGGAGACACUAGCUUUGCAGAUACGCCCUUUCACAUCAAGAUAGAGAAUUGGGGAUGUCCCAAAGGGGGUUCACCUAGAAAGGCCUCCAACAUUGCCAACCAUUUGAGUGUGCUAACAUUUUAUAACACAAUUUUUCAAAGCAUUUUGACACACGAAAAUUAUUAUUACCCCUUCUUCGCCUCACUCAAUUAUUUGUAUUUGGACGACGUUUGA